AUGGCAUUGGAUGAGCCCACGAAUCCCCUUGCCGAGUCUGGCGUCACGAUGCAUUCCGACAGCGAGCAGUAUGGCGAAGAGCUCUCCGGCUCACCUGGAUCAUCGGGCUCGCCAGUCAUUCUCUACCAGCCCCCUACAGUUUGGUCGCUGCUACGAGGCGCUGCCAUUAACCUAGUCCUGCCUUUCAUUAAUGGUAUGAUGCUUGGAUUCGGCGAGCUGUUCGCUCAUGAGGCUGCUUUCCGUUUAGGAUGGGGUGGUACAAAGAUUCCAUCGAGGACAUUUCUGAAGAAUGGAAGGCAAUUUGGUACUCUCAAGGCCAGCCUUUCGAGUGGCUCGGCCGUCCGGGCAAGUCCUUUCUCUAAUAAUAGGCCAUAUGUCGCCCCAAUUGCGCUCGGCGGCCCCGCGUCAGUGAGGGCAUACUCGAUCUGGGGAUACAGGAUCCCGGGAACCGGCAAGUCCACGCCAGCAACCCCUCCGGCUGAGUCUGUGGUCCCCGAAGAAGUGGUCGAAACCGCCUCCGCCGCCAAGGACGCAGCAACGAGCGCCGUAGAGACCGUGGCCGCAGCCCCCGUCGAGGCUGCCACCAACACCGCACAAGCCGUCGCAGAAUCCACCGAGUUGUCCGCCAUCUCCGAUAUCGUGAACAGCGGCGCCGAGAUCUUGAGCCGUGCCGAGGGCCUUGGAUACCUCAAAUCUCUCGGUCUCAACUAUGGCUACGGCUUCACCUCCACCAUGCAAUGGGUCCUCGAGCACGUCCACGUCUGGGGUGGUGUGGGCUGGGGCAGCGCCAUCAUCAUCACCGGCCUGCUCAUGCGUGUGGCCAUGUUCUACCCUCAGGUCCAGUCCGUCAAGUUCAGCUCGAAGAUGAAGAUGAUGCAGGAGGACCCCCGCCACAAGGAGGUCAUGGAGCAGAUGCAGAAGGCCGCGAGGGAAGGCGACCGCUCGGCCCAGCAGCAGGCUCAGUUCCUGAGCAGCAUCCUGCGGAAGGAGUACGACGUGCCCGUCACGGGACUGUUCUGGACGUUCCUCCCCAUCCCCUUCAGUAUUGGGCUCUUCCGAAUCCUCAAUGGCAUGGCCAGCAUCCCCGUGCCCUCGCUGGAGACAGCCGGCUGGCUCUGGUUCCAGGACCUGAGCGCCGCUGACCCUUACUACGCCCUUCCCGCCCUGGCCACUGGUAUCAUGCUGCUCACUAUGAAGUUGAACCAAGUCAACAGCACCCCCAAGCAGCAGAAGAUGCUCAAGACCAUGUCCUACGUCCUCGUCCCCGUCAUGCUCAUCGCCACCUCCUUCCUCUCCGCCGCCAUCAACCUCAUGGGCGUCACCGUCGCCGCCUUCACCAUGCUCACCGGCCGGCUCCUGCUCAACAACAGCUUCCGCGCCGCCAUGGGGAUCCCCCCCGUCGCGCCCCCGGCCCCCAAGCCCGUGGAGCAGCUCUCGUACGAGGCGCCCCGCCAGCAGCCGGCGACCAUCCGCGAGAAGCUCACCGACAACCUCGAGGACGUCAAGAAGGGCUUCUCCGAGUCCGUGACCAAGAUGACCGGCAGCGUCCGCGGGACAGACAAGGACCGCGCCGAGCGCCAGCGCAAGGAGUCGAUACAGAAGCUCGAGGAGAAGCGCGCGGACGAGGAGAGGCGGCUUUUCGAGGAGAAGUACAAGCGCAAGGCCUAA